GAGACUUUAUCCUCUAUGUCCUUGGUAAACAUUAGAGUGAACUUACAGUGUAAGGGUUCUUAUUCGUUGGGCUGUUUCAAGAAAUUUAUCAAAAAUACAUAAAAUGGACCUCAGUGAAGACAUUCUAGACGAACAUGACUAUUUGUACGUUGGUUUCGAUCGUUUAAGGUUUAUUUCAUGUGAUAGCUGUACUGGAUUUUCGGCAUUUCUAUUCCACUUACCUCAGACCGUUGAAGAUAUUCAGCUUGUUUCCGAAACGGUCAAAUCCUGCGUCGAGUGCCUUCCAUUAGAGCAGUUACGAAAAUGUUACCCAUUCGUUAAAAACAGAGUUUAUUGCAAUGUGGAUCUACUGGAGCUUUUUAAAGGUUUCAAAUAUUCAAACCCUUUUUAUCGGAAGUUUGCCCGCCUCGAUCGAUUGCUGAUAACAAUGGAAACAACCGUGGACACAGUCACUGUUGCUAAUUUGCUGCGUUCACAAAUGCUGGUUGAUGUGGAAACGCUGCAGAAUUUAUUUCCAAUCGUUCAUCGUCUAACCAAUAGAAGAUAUUGGGGUCAGCAAGAAAUUGCUGAAACGAUUAAAGCUAAGGUAGCAGAAAUUCGUUUGUACUAUGAACUGGCUUUAGUAGAUGAGGAUAUGCAGACGGACAGCAAUGUUUCGGAAGGCAACGAAAUAGAUUGUGAUGCUCAUUUGGAUGCUCAGGCGAACAUGUCUACUUACGAACCCAACGAUAACUUAUGCAUCGCAGCAGACCCUCGCUUCAAACUCAAACUUCUUAGCGCAGACUCAGAUUUUCCAUGCGACAUUUGCUUGCUGACCGCCAAACACCAUUUAAAAUUCGGCGAUUUUAUUGAGAAACAACUAAAAGGAAAAGUAUUACGUUGUCAUUACUUCUGCCUUCUAUCAGGAACUUACAUCUACCAGGGAGGGCAGACAGACAAAGCUGGUAUUUUAGGUUUCCUUGUUAAUGAUAUUUACGCGUCAUUUCCAAAGUACCGGGAUAAGAUAUGUAAUUACUGCAAUUGCUCUUCAGCUCCCAUUAAAUGCAAUGCAGAGAAAUGUGAGCGUAGAUUUCAUUACAUUUGCGGCUACAACAACAACUGUUUGACUCAGUUCAUCAAUGAAUAUUCUUCAUACUGCCAUGAGCAUCUUCCAAUUCGUCACGAGAAGCUCCACGGUGAAGAUACGCUAUGCUGGAUAUGUUGGGAAAACAUGUCACCGUAUAAUCCAGUUUCAAGCUUCUGUUCGAGUUGUCCACCACAAGAGUCAUCUAAGAAACAAUCUCUAGAAUAUACUUGGUAUCACCGAAAGUGUAUGCAACGGUAUGCGUCGGAAUCCGGGUACUACUUCAAAUGUCCUAACUGUUACGAAUCAAAAAAUUUUAGUGAACAUGCAAAAUUGCAUGGUAUCUUUGUACCCAUGAGAGAUGCAACCUGGGAAUUAGAACCAAAUGCGUAUAAGGAUAUUCAAGGAUCACGGUGUACCGCUGAAAAGGAUUGUAUGGUUAAGAAUGGUGUGAAGAUAAGUGCAAAACUCACAAAUUUAGUGGGAUGUAAAGCAUGCGGUGGAGAAACCAUGCAUAUGCGAUGUGCGGGUGUGGAUGACCCAGAUGAUUACGUGUGUUCAAAGUGUAUGGAUGCUACGUUUAUUAAACUGUUCUAGAUUCAUUGCGAAAAUGCAAAACGCAAUGUAAUUUUAUAAUAAAUGACUACAUACUGCUGA